GAACCAAACUAAGUGAGAAAAGGGGCCUGGGGCCAUGCGAUAAUAAACCGUAGAGUCGAGAGACAAAGAAGAGGUGAGCUUCAACUCGUCAAUGGCAGCCACUUCGCUGCUUUGUUUCAGCUCUCUUUCCCCCUACAGUUGCCCUACUUCUGGCGCUCACUGGAUUUCUCCCAUUCUCCCCAGCCAUUCCAUUCUCUCCGUCCAAAGCCACGGCAGAUUCGGUUCCGCAACCAACAGAAUCCCAAGAAAAACGGGACCCGUCAAAGUUCGAUCCAUGGCCGCUUCUUUCGGAUCCCGAUUGGAGGAGAGCGUGAAGAAGACCGUCAACGAGCACCUAGUUGUCGUCUACUCCAAAACGUGGUGUUCGUAUUCUGAGGAGGUGAAGUCGUUGUUCAAAAGGCUCGGCGUGCAGCCACUUGUUAUUGAAUUGGACCAACUUGGUCCUCAAGGGCCACAAUUGCAGAAGGUGCUACAAAGGCUAACUGGACAGCACACUGUCCCAAAUGUUUUUAUUGGGGGAAAUCAUAUUGGUGGUUGUACAGAUACUGUUAAACUACAUCGGAAAGGCGAGCUUGAACAUCUGCUUUCAGAAGCUAACACCAGGAAAACAGAGAAACAACCUUGACCACCUUAUCCUUUGAAACAUUGGCUUUCCUUGUUACCCUUGUCUUGAUGACAAGAUAUGCUUAUCUCCAUCUCUAUGAAUUAUCAACAAUGAAAAUCUGCUUUAUUUAUACCAACUCCUUUUCAAGUUCCAGAACUAAUAGUCAUGCAUUCCAGAACAAAAUUGUAUAAUGGAUUCUUGAAAAUGAAUUGGCAAUGCACUAUACACGACCUUAUUUAGUUUCUUAUUUUCUCCUCCAAUCUGACAGCCGAAGCUUUUCGUGUGGAGCUAA